UCUUGAUUUCUGAACUUUAAGUUAAUGUUUUUGAAAUUAUUGUGGGGAAGCAUAAAUAUCGAUAGCACACGCAACGCUAUUUCACGUUGGGACCCUGACACGUGAAUACCUAGUCACGUUAUCACAAGCGGUAUUUUCUUGUAUGAAGUCAAAGUGAAGUAGCCAUCACAGUUGUAUUGACAACUUGAAUUUCAAUCUACACUGGGUGCUGAGCAGCUACAAUAAAUUCUUGAAAUUAGAAACUGCUGACUGAAGAUGAUCCCUCCAUUAGUCAGGCACACGCUCAGAUCUCUGAUAGGGGGAAGAUGUUGUCAACACAGGGUCUUCAGCAGUGAGAGCAGUGGACAGCUGCUGACUAUACAGGAGGUCCGUGAAAACUUAUCACAGAUGGUUGGUGUUCGCAAGCAAUGGCUAUCUGAAGUUGUCCCCCCUGUGGUUAUGCAGAAGGUGGCUGAGUCCCAAGCAGAACUUCCUAAACGCAAGCCCAGCGACAGCUUUGUGAAGGCGGUCAUUCCCCUCAGUCAGCCAGAGGCCAGGGAGAAAUACAUCACCUACACCAAGAAAAUCAGAUUUGGUCGCCUGUUAGAGGACUUUGAUUCCCUAGGCGGUCUGAUCUGCUACAACCACAACAAAAACCCCUCACUGUCAGAAGACCAGAAAUCUCCGUACGCUUUUGUUACAGCUCUUGUGGACCGCAUAGAGAAGUCGCCUUCAAAACCGUCGCUGUCUCCAUAUAAAGAUAUAAUCUUGUAUGGGCAAGUGACUUGGGUAGGCAGGUCUUCUAUGGAGUGUACAAUGCACUGUGAGCAGGAGUUUAAUGGUGAGUGGCAAAAAGUCUUGACAGCAAGGUAUUUGUUUGUAGCCAGGAACCCCAUUCAGAAUACGGCUGGAGUGGUGAACCCACUUGAUCCUCAGACUGAAGAGGAAAUAGAACUCUUUAAACUUGGAGAAGAAAAUAAAAAGAUUCGACAAAGAGAGGGCAUGCAAUCUCUUCUUAAGACACCCCCCACUGAGGAAGAAAGACUUACAAUUCAUGACUUGUUUUUAUCAACUGUUGAUUUAAACUCUGGCACAUUUAAAGUUCGAGUAAAACCAGAGAACUCGGUCUGGAUGGAUGAGACCAUUAAAAAAUCUCUCAUCAUUUGUCAUCCUGAGCAAAGAAAUUUGUACAACAAAAUAUUUGGUGGAUUUCUGAUGAGGAAGGCUUAUGAGCUAGCUUGGGCAAAUACUUCAUUUCAUGCAAAGACGCGACCUAAUAUAUGUAAGAUAGUUGACAAUAUUGUCUUCAGACGACCAGUUGAAAUAGGAUCGCUUUUGUUUCUUUCAUCCCAGAUUGUGUACACCAAAGGACCUGAUGUUCAAGUUCAUGUACAUGCCGAGGUUGUGGACCCAGAAAAGGGCACAAGGGAAGCAACCAAUGAUUUCCACUUUACCUUUGAUACAGGGAUUCCCAAUGUGCCAACAGUGAUGCCUAAAACUUAUGCUGAGUCAAUGCUGUACUUAGUUGGAAAGCGAUCUUACAAUAGUUAAGACACAGGAGAGGCUUGAUAGCAAUUAUUUCAUUAUUCUAGAAAUAGAAACUCAUUGCUUUUAUUUGCAAAUGUGUUCUAAUCAAUUUUUUUGUUAUUAACCUAUAAGCAAAGACAAGCAUGUGUGUUGAUAGUCGUUAAAAUGACUUAUUGAUUUAAAAUGUUUAAAAUAAGUUGUUGUAUAUUUGUGGGCUGGGAAGAUGUUGACAAAACCAUACCAAAGCAGAGUUACUCUAGUUUGUUUCUUUUGAACAUUUCUUGCAUUUUUUUGAACUGUUUUAAUGUAGUGUUACAAUGUGUAAAUUGUGAAUAUAAAAAGGAUUUGAAUAAUUUGUAAUUGUACAUUUUUUUUUAUCACAAGGCUUGUGCCAGAUAUAUUUCUAACAUUCAUGUCAAAGUUGAUGAUUCCGCUUGUUAAAAUAAAUACAAAUUUUCAGUAAAUAUAUUUUUGAUUAAUUAAUAACAUUAAAAAGUACGCACGCCUAUAAGAAAUUGGUUAAAAAGUUCUGUAGCUUACAAAUUUCUGUACAUUCAACUGUUUUUAUAUUAAACUACAUUGAUGCAUUUUAUUUAUUCAAAUUUAAUUUUUUUUUUAAAUUUCCUAGUCAUGAGCACACAGAACCAUAUUAAUGUUCAGGUUGUAGGUUACGAACUAUUAUUUUAAGUUUACUAAUGUUAUUCAGUAGAAUGUAGAAGAUUUGAAAUAAAGGUCUACUCCAAUGUUGGAGUAAUAUGCUUAAAACAAUUAAAAAGCAUAUUUGAAAACAAUUAUGAGUUAUUAAACAAGUCUGGGACCUUGAAACACAAGCCUCUUUCCUUCCAUUAAAUAGUUAAAUACAGUAAAUAAUUAACUGUAACGCAAGUAGAAUUCAGUUUAUUUUUUUAUGUAUUUGCUACAGCCAGUCUUUAGAUUUUAUUUAAUGUAUUUAAAUUAUAUACAAGGUUUAGCCUAAUUUUUGCAAUAUGUAUAGUCCCUCCUUCCCCCACCCCCCAGCCCCCCAAGCUUUGUCUAUGCAUAUCGUUAGACCUGCCUUCUCCACAUCUACAACACAAUUGUAUAUUGUUUAUGUAAAGAAAAAAUGGCCUAAAUUUAUUUUUGAGAAAAAUUGUUUAGGAACAUGAUCUUAUUUGCAUCACAUGUUGUUUUUAGUGUGUUGACCAUUUAUUUGUUAUUAUUUGUUUGUUGCUCU